CAAGCGAGUUCAGGGGUUCGAACGAAAACUUGUGCUUCCCACGUUUGUUUCAGGACAUCUAAAGAAAGAAAGAAAAAUGAAUAAAAUGAUUGCUUUAGCUAUUAUUGGAAUGGCUCUUGUGGCAUCGUCUUUUGCCGCUUUAGAAUAUAAGAGUGGUGAUAUUUGUGCUUUGAAUAGCCAGUGCCCAACAGGUUUUAUUUGUAAUAGAAAGAGAGAUCACUAUAAUUGUGAAUUAGGAAAAUGUGCGUGUCCUGAUCAUUACUAUCAGGAUUCUGAUACUUGUAAGAAAAAGUCAACUGAAGGACAGUCUUGUACUGUUAGUUCCACUUGCGACACUGAUUUGAUGUGUAUCAGCAGUAAAUGUACCAAGCUGGUUGAAAAAAAAUUAGGAGCAACUUGUGAUCUAUCCAAAGAUAUAUGCCUAUAUUCUUCUUGUAUCAGUAGCAAAUGCGACUGUAUAACUGGUUACUUCAAGGAUGGGGAAAAAUGUAGAUUAAAGAAACACAAAGAAAGUUGUAAGAGUGAUAAUACGGAAAACUGUGAAGCUAAUCUCCAAUGCAAAAGCAGCGUUUGUGAAUGUCCAGAUGAUUACGUUUGGAGAAAGGUCAAGAAUGAAGAUGGAGAAGAUAAGGAUAUGUGUGAACACAAAGACGUUGAGAGAGUUAUGACUUCUGCGAAAGAAGGUCAAAGUUGUGGAACAAAAUCGUACGGUGGCUCAAGAAGCAAUCAAAUUUUCCUUAGCUAUUGUGUAGAAGAUUUAAAAUGCAACAGAUGUUACGGAGUUGAUGGAGAUUACAAUGUUUGCAGAGGAACAGCCGCAUCAAUUCUCGGAAGAUUCUUUACAUGUAUCAUAUCCAGUCACAUUGUGCAAUCCGAGUAUGACAAAAAAUUAGGAGACGUUUGCACUAAAGAUUGGCACUGCCCUGCUAGUGCCUUUUGUGAUAAAUCUUAUUCAGGUGGCAAUUUGGCUUGUGAAAUUGGAAGAUGCAAAUGUAAAAAGGAUUUCUAUCCUCAAAAUUCCGAAUGUAGAGCAACAAAACCUUUUGGUUCCACCUGUACUUACUCCAAUGAGUGUAGUGCAAACAUUCAAUACGGAAGAUGUUUAAAUAGAAGAUGCUCCUGUAUCAAUAACAAAUUUUAUGUAGAAAGGAAUGGCGUUUGCGAAAUUAGAAAUCCUAAAAACUAUGGACAAGAAUGUCUUAUUUCUUCGGAUUUGUGUUUGGGAAAUAACGUUUGGUGUAAGCUUGGAAAGUGUGCUUGUAGGACAGGCUAUUCUCGUAUUGAAAAUGUUUGUAGAUUAAAAAAAUAUCAGGAAUCAUGUUCAACUAAUGACAUUCGUUGUGAAUCGAAUCUUCAGUGCAAGGCUAGUGUGUGCAUCUGUCGUAAUGGCUAUCAAUGGUCUAAAUAUAAAAAUGCUCAUGGUAAAGAUUUUCAAGGCUGUAUAUUGUCUACCACGGAAUUUGUGUUAAAUGAAGUUCAGAAUAAUGAAGCCUGUGAUGCAGAUUGCUAUAAUGACAAUCACUGUGGUACAAACUAUUGCUGUGACAAGACUAGUAGAAACAACGAAUUGAAAUGCGAUUACGGAUCAUGUAAAUGUAAACCUGGUUAUUUUAGAAUAAAUGAUACAUAUUGCAAAGAAUCUAUAGGGCAUGGAAAAGACUGUGAUAAUAAUAAUCAGUGCAAUCUUGAAAAAUACCUCACUUGUAUAAAUUCAAAAUGUCAAUGUCCAGAUAAGUAUAAAUUAGAGGGAGACAGAUGUGUUUUAGAAAUGCCAGUAAAGUUAGGACAAUCUUGUACAGAUAGUAAGGCACAAUGCGAAGGAAAUACAGAAUGUAACAAUGGUAAAUGUGAAUGCUGGUCUUGGUUGAUUGAAAAGGAAGGAAAAUGUGUCAAAGGUGAGUUAGACGACAACUGCGACAGGGAUUCACAAUGUGAAGGAGGUUUAAGAUGCAAAAUUUCAAAAUGUGGAUGUGAUGACCAAGAAACCCCUUUCCGUAAAUUUGAAGCGCAUUAUAAUCAACACACUUACAUAUGUUUAGAUAAAGACGAAUCUGCUGAAUCGGACGAUAGAACAGCUAAAGGAGAAAACUAUAAUUGUGGUACUUUUAAAGCAGAACCUAGCCCGAAUCAUUACGUGUACUUUGCAACUAAAUGUCCAGGUGAUUUAAAGUGCACUGACUGCCGAGACGCUAUAUCCUCAUCAUAUGUCUGCAGAGGUGGAGCUAAGUCUCUAAUGAGUAGCGUCGUUUUAAUAAUCACAGUUAUAUUUAUGAUUUUAAUAUAA